AUGUCCCAUCUACCCAUGAAACUCCUGCGUAAGAAAAUCGAGAAAUGGAACCUCAAAUUGCGCCAGUGAAACUUAAAGCUUCAGGAGGCCUCGGAUGUGAGUUUAUCGGAAACCCAAAACGGAGAUGUGUCUGAAGAAACAGUGGGCUGUGGGAAGGUUAAAAAAUCCCUAAAACAGUCUGUGAAUGUGGGCUCGUCAGAAGCCCAGAAUGGAGAGAUAGCUAAAGAAACAGUGGAAACUAUACAAGUUAAAAAAAAAAAGAAGAAAUCUACCAUAAUAAUCAAUGGAGAAGCAGCAACACAGCCUCCCAAUUCAGAAUCCAAAAAAAAGAAGAAGAAAAAGAGAAAAAUGGUGGAUGAUGCUGGGCCUGAUACCAAAAAAGUGAAAACUGAAGACAAAGGGGACUCUGAAGAAGGGGCCCAAGCUCCUGAAGAGACAGAAAACAGUGUGGAGAAGCCAGAUGAUCAGGAAGAGGACAGUGAAAUGCCCAGCCUACCCCUGGGACUGACAGGAGCUUUUGAGGAUACUUCAUUUGCUUCUCUUAGUAAUCUUGUCAAUGAGAACACUCUGACAGCAAUAAAAGAAAUGGGUUUUACAAACAUGACUGAAAUUCAGCAUAAAAGUAUCAGACCACUUCUAGAAGGCAGGGAUCUUCUAGUGGCCACAAAAACAGGCAGUGGCAAAACGCUGGCAUUUCUCAUCCCUGCAGUCGAACUCAUUGUCAAGUUAAAGUUCAUGCCUAGGAAUGGACCUGGAGUUCUUAUCCUCUCACCUACUAGGGAACUGGCCAUGCAGACUUUCAGUGUUCUUAAGGAGCUGAUGACGCACCAUGUCCACACAUACGGGUUGAUAAUGGGCGGCAGCAGCAGAUCUGCUGAAGCACAGAAACUCGGUAAUGGGAUCAACAUCAGUGCCACCCCAGGCCACCUCCUGGACCACAUGCAGAAUACCCCAGGGUUUAUGUAUAAAAAUCUGCAGUGUCUGGUUAUUGAUGAGGCUGAUCGUAUCUUGGAUGUUGGGUUUGAAGAGGAAUUAAAACAGCUUAUUAAACUUCUGCCAAGACGCAGGCAAACCAUGCUCUUUUCUGCCACACAAACUCAAAAAGUUGAAGACAUGGCAAGGAUUUCGUUGAAAAAGGAGCCAUUGUAUGUUGGUGUUGAUGAUGAUAAAGCUAAUGCAACAGUGGAUGACCUUGAGCAGGGAUAUGUUGUUUGUCCCUCAGAAAAGAGAUUCCUCCUGCUCUUUACGUUCCUUAAGAAACUGAUGGUCUUCCUUUCAUCCUGUAAGUCCGUGAAAUACCAUCAAAACAACCAAAACCAUUAUGAGUUGCUGAACUACAUCGAUUUGCCUGUCUUGGCCAUUCGUGGAAGGCAGAAGCAAAGUAAGCGCACAACCACAUUCUUCCAGUUCUGCAACGCAGAUUCAGGGAUAUUGUUGUGUACCGACAUGGCAGCUAGAGGGCUGGAUAUUCCUGAAGUGGACUGGAUUGUUCAGUAUGACCCUCCAGAUAACCCCAAGGAAUAUAUUCAUCGUGUGGGAAGAACAGCCAGAGGCCUAAACGGGAGAGGGCAUGCCUUGCUCAUUUUACGCCCUGAAGAAUUGGAUUUCGUUCAUUACUUGAAGCAAUCCAAGGUUCCAUUAAGUGAAUUUGAGUUUUCCUGGUCCAAAAUUUCUGACAUUCAGUCUCAGCUUGAAAAAUUGAUUGAAAAGAACUACUUCCUUCAUAAGUCAGCCCAGGAAGCAUAUAAGUCCUACAUUCGAGCAUAUGAUUCCUAUUCUCUGAAACAGAUCUUCAAUGUUAAUAACUUAAAUUUGCCACAGCUUGCUCUGUUGUUUGGUUUCAAGGUGCAUCCUUUUGUUGAUCUGAACGUGAACAGCAAUGGCGGCAAGCUUAAAAAGAGAGGAGGCAGCAGUGGCUUCGGCUACCAGGAAGCCAAGAAAGUCAAGAAGUCCAAAAUCUUCAAACACAUUAGCAAGAAGUCGUCUGACAGCCAACAGUUCUCCCACUGA